UAUAAAAAGUGCAGAUGCCUUGUUGAUGUCCUCCUCUUCUUUUGAUUUCCUUUUUCCCGUUCAGCUGGGUGAGAGAAGGUGAGAGAAGAGUGUUCAGGCUAGAGAGAAGAGAGGGAGAGAAAGGAGAGUGGGAGUGAGAGAUGUCGGACGACGACCAUCACUUUGAGUCCAAGGCCGAUGCUGGCGCGUCCAAGACCUACCCUCAGCAAGCUGGAACCAUCCGUAAGAACGGAUACAUCGUGAUCAAGGCCAGGCCAUGCAAGGUUGUUGAGGUCUCUACCUCCAAAACAGGGAAGCAUGGUCAUGCCAAGUGUCACUUUGUGGGGAUUGAUAUAUUUAACGGCAAGAAGCUUGAAGAUAUUGUGCCUUCGUCCCACAACUGUGAUGUUCCCCAUGUUAAUCGUACUGAUUAUCAGCUGAUUGAUAUUUCUGAAGAUGGUUUUGUGAGCCUUCUGACUGAAAAUGGGAACACUAAGGAUGAUUUGAGGCUUCCCACUGACGAGAAUCUGCUGACCCAGAUUAAGGAUGGGUUUGCUGAAGGAAAGGAUCUCGUAGUGACGGUCAUGUCUGCAAUGGGCGAGGAGCAGAUCUGCGCUCUCAAGGACAUUGGCCCUAAAAAUUAAACUAUUAAGCCAUAUAUCUGGCUACAUAUUAUAGCUAUACAAAGAACCACUUUUUUUUUUUUUUUAAUUUCCUGGUUCAGUACCACUGCGUGGUGUUGACUCAAACUAUUAAAAUGAUCUGGUAGUAUUGUAGUUAGAAAAACUUAGUUUCAGCUUUGUACAAGGGGGGAAAUGGUAGGCAACGGCUUUGAUGAUCCCCUUGUAUGGGGGACCGGAACUGCCCAGGGCCUGCUGCGGUAGGAUAAGCUAUGUUCUAUGAUGUCAUAUUCUUUUAUGUUUUUCGACUUAAAUAUAGAGUUCAUAACUUCAUAUUAUGUGAAAAUCUCAGGUUGCAUUUUUC